AUGUUUUGGUACGCUAUACUUCUGCUUUUUGCGCAGAAGGUGGUGGCAGAGCCGUAUACGAAUGAUGACUUGAUGUCCUUUGUGACCCUGCCCGAUGCUAGGGCCGUGAAAUUCGACAUCGAGACCCUGGAUCGCAACAGAACUGCACCGGGAUACUGGUUCGUCUCGCCAUACCUGCACAUAGACCCAGAUGGAGAUUCGAGCCUAUACGAACAAUACCAGACCGGUCCACACAUCUACGAUGAAGAUGGGACUCUUAUCUGGACUGGUACGAUGCAAUUCGAAAAUCGCAAUGUCUUCGACUUCAAGGCCAUCAACAGCUUCGACAACAAAACCUAUCUCUCCAUGAUUCUACAGUACUCUCACGACGGUCGCGAACGUGGUUAUGGCAUGAUCCUGAAUGAAAAAUACGAGACGUUCCGAAAACUCCCGCUGCGCAAAGAUCUCGGCGUAUUCGAUAUUCAUGAGUUCAAUGUUCGCAAGGAUGGAAAAUCCGCACUGGUCACGGUCUACCUGUCCGAGGAGAUUAGCCUCGCGGAGUUCGGCCGCCCGAACGAGAAAACGUUCCUCGAGACCGGCGGAUUCGCAGAAAUCGACACAACCACUGCGGAGGUCAUCUACGAUUGGAGAUCUUACAACCAAAUUCCGCUGCCCCCCGGCUGGGAUUACGUGCAUAUUAACUCUGUCGACAAGAACGAGGCUGGCGAUUACCUGAUCUCUAUGCGCUUCACCAACACUCUUUACUUGGUCUCUGGUCUUGAUGGUAAGAUCAUGUGGCGACUGAACGGCGUGAAUGGCGGUGACUUUGAUUCGGAUUUCCUCUUUUCAAAGCAACAUGACGCCAAGUUCCAAGAGUCUUCUGGCACCCGCCACGUCAUCUCGUUCAUGAACAAUGCGUCGGACGAGGAGUUCCAGGAGGAGACCAUCUCGGCCGCCAUGAUCGUGGAGGUGGAAACUGGCACUACCCCGAUGACAGCCCGAGUUAUUAAACGCUAUAACCGCCCCGAUGAGGACCUCACGCGCCUUCGUGGCAAUUCACAGGUUCUUCCUAACCAGAACAUGUUCGUAUGCUGGAGCCAGGGUGGCUACAUCUCCGAACAUUCGCCUGAGGGAGACCUUUUGAUGAGUGCGAAAUUCACAUCACCGCGCUUCUCCAAUUACCGCGCAUACAAGUUCGAAUUCACCGGCCGCCCGACUAUUCCUCCGGAUCUCGUUUCUUCUGUCUGGGGCAGCGACGAGACGAACCUGGUCACUACAAUCUGGAUCAGUUGGAAUGGAGCUACCGACGUCGCCUCGUACAACUUCUACGCUCAAGCGUCGCAGUUUGAUACGCCCGUGUUCAUUGGAAAUGUCUCCAAGACCGGGUUCGAGUCGAUGUUCAUGGCCUCUGGGUACGUUGACUGGGUUUCAGCUGAAGCCGUGGACCACGAUGGCAACAUCAUGGGUACAUCGCUUAUUCAACGCACCCAGUUCCCCAACUGGAAGCAGGUUGGGUGGUCAGGAUACUCUGAUCAGCCUCGGCCGCAGGAUCCAUCCAGGUUUCUUGGGAAGGGCCUGGGCUUCUUCAAUGACAAGGCCGACGGCAGCAGCUUCUCGUCAUCAGACGACACCGCCGAGGCUCAGAACCGCAAGGCAACGCAGACUCUUGCAAACACAUACGAUGCCAUCCGCAGCAUUGGUGGUGUUUUUGCGCUCAUUUUGCUGCUGGCUGUGAUGUCUGGCAUCAUGGCUAGUUAUUUGUUGAUUCGUGGCUGGCGGGUCCGCCUCUAUCAACGCAUUCCGCCCAAGGAGGAGAGAUAUACCGAGGAGGAGGAACCUCUCCGACCGGACGAUGAUUGA